CCACCUUUGUCUUCCUGUUCCGGAUUAGCUGUUGUUACUUCAUUCGUUCUCUGUUGUUUUUUUUGUCAAAAUUCGUUUAUUUCAUCAUGAAUUUGAGUAAUAAGUGGGUGUCCUGGAGAAAGCGGAACAUUUUUAAAAGGAAAAGAAAACAUGAAAACACUGGUGAUGUAGACGAACAUGAUGCCGUACAGAAGAAAACCUUCACCAAAUGGAUAAACGCUCAGUUCUCCAAGUCAGGGAAAACACCCAUCAAAGACAUGUUCUGUGACCUGAAGGAUGGGAGGAAGCUGCUGGAUCUUCUGGAGGGUCUCACUGGCACAGUCCUGACCAAAGAACGAGGCUCCACCAGAGUCCACUCUCUCAACAACGUCAACAAAGUACUUCAAGUCCUGCAUCAAAACAACGUGGAUCUGGUGAACAUUGGAGGGACAGAUAUUGUGGAUGGGAACCACAAACUGACCCUGGGUCUCAUUUGGAGUAUUAUCCUCCACUGGCAGGUAAAAGAUGUCAUGAAGGACAUCAUGUCCAACCUUCAGCAGACCAACAGUGAGAAGAUCCUUCUGAGCUGGGUCCGACAGUGCACACGCCUCUACCCCGAAGUCAACGUGCUGAACUUCACCACCAGCUGGGCCGACGGCCUCGCCUUCAACGGAAUCCUGCACCACUUCAGGCCAAAUGUGUUCAGCUGGGACGACGUGGUCCGACGGACCCCCGUGGAGCGGCUGGACCACGCGUUCACCGUAGCCAAAGAUCAGCUCGGCAUCGAGAGGUUACUGGAUCCUGAAGACGUGGCUGUGCAACUGCCUGACAAGAAAUCAAUCAUCAUGUACGUGACAUCACUGUUUGCCGUGCUGCCCAAAGAUGUGAGCAUGGAAGCGAUCAGAGAGGUGGAAACUCUGCCACGCAGGUUCAAAGCGGAGGCGGAGGAUCCGGGUCCAGGCCUCAGUGCUCAGACUGCACAGAUGGAGAAAACCAGCAGCAGCCCCCGUCCGCAGACCCCCAGCACCCUGACAGAGACAGAGGUGGAGUUGGAGGGCAGUUUGCUGGAGGUGGACCUGGACAGUUACCAGACCACGCUGGAGGAAGUUUUGACUUGGCUGCUUGAGGCUGAGGACACCUUGAUAAUUCAGGAGGAUGUGUCUACAGAUGUGGAAGAAGUGAAGGAACAGUUUCACACCCACGAGAAAUAUAUGAUGGAACUGACAGCACAUCAGAGCAGUGUGGGCAACGUGCUGCAAGCUGGAAACCAACUUAUUUCUCAGGGAAGUCUGACAGAAGAAGAGGAGAAUGAAAUCCGGGAGCAGAUGGCACUCCUCAACUCUCGCUGGGAGAACCUGCGAGUGGAUAGUAUGGAUCGCCAGGCCAGGCUCCAUGAGGUCCUGAUGGAUCUCCAGCAGCAGCAGCUGCAGCAGCUUUCUGAUUGGCUGACGGAAACUGAGGACCGAAUCAGAAGGAUGGAGGUUCAACGUGCGGCCAAUGACCUGGAAGUUUACAAAGAGCACAUAGAGCAACUCAAAGAGCUUCAAAAUGACCUGGAGGCAGAGCAGGUGAAAGUCAACUCUCUGACACACAUGGUGGUUGUGGUGGAUGAGAACAGUGGUGAGAGCGCCACCGCUGCCCUAGAGGAGCAACUACAAUCACUGGGCGAGCGCUGGGCAGCUGUGUGUCGGUGGACGGAGGAGAGGUGGCACAAGCUGCAGGAAGUCUUUAUGGUUUGGCAACAGCUUCAGUCGGACCAGAGUUUGUUCAGAACGUGGUUGGCAGAGAAAGAGGAGGCUUUGAGUAAAGUACAGACGAGCAACUUUAAGGACCCCAGUGAACUGAAUGCUAAUGUGCGCCUAUUAGCAAUUCUAAAAGACGACAUGGAGAAGAAGAGACGGACGUUGGACCAGCUGUCUGAUGCUGGACAGGAUGUGAUUUCAUUACUGCGAAGCCCAGAGGCUGGAGCCAAGAUAGAGGCCGACACAGAAGAUCUGGCACAUCGAUGGGACAACCUGGUGCAGAAGCUGGAGGACUGUUCCUUCCAGGUGAUGGAGGCCGUGACAGAUGCUGGAGUGACUCAAACAGAAGAACAAGUCAUUGUGGACGGAGUUGCUGUGGCGGCCGCUGCCUCGUCGCCUGACCAGGAGCUGGCUCCGCCUACUCCACCUAAGAAACGACUGGUGGAGACGGACGCAGAAGUUAGAAAAAUGUUUGAAAAUAAACUUUCUGACCUCCUGACCUGGAUGAAGACCUGGAAGACGUCCACUAAAGCUCUGGCUUCGUCACAUCCAAAGACUACAUUAGAUGCAUCAGGCCUGCAGGAGAAACUGAAGGGCUCGGAACAGGACCUCAAAGCAAAAGAGAGCACAUUAAAUCAAGUCAUUCAAGAAGGACGGAGUAUGAUGGAUAAUUUGGAGAAAGAAGGUGUGAGUGUGGACCCAGUGAAGACGGACUUAGAGCGGAUUCAAAUGGAGUGGGAUCUUUGCGUCCGGGAGCUGGAGGCAGCACGUGAGCAGGUCGACACCCAGGCCCGUGUCAGCGCCAUUUCCGCCGAGCUGACAGAACUGGACCGUGACCUGGAGGAUCAGGACCGUUGGAUGGACACAGUGUUGGCUGUAGAAAAGUGUGAUGAGGCUGAGCUGAGAAAGCAGAGUGGAGAAUGUCAGUCUCGUGUCGUCCAGGUCACUGCUCUAAGCCCACGGUUGGAGCAGCUUUCCGCAGAGACUGGAUCCUUGGGAACCGUGCCCUCUCUGAAAGACAACAUGGUGGUGGUGUCUGCACACUGCGCCUCCACGCUUCAGCGGCUGGAGUGCCGAGAACAGGAAGUCAACAAAGCUUUGGCUGCUGCUGAGGCCAAACUAAAGGCACAGGGUCUGGUGGAGGGCCUGGAGGCCAAGCUGCUCACUCUGAGAGAAGGAAUCGCAGACCUUCCCACCACUGAGGGCGCCGUGGAGCGGGCACAGGGCCUGUGUCUGGAGAUCGAGCAAACACAACAAGCCUCCGAUCCCACAGAAAUGCAAAGAUGGAGUCGACUCUCCUCCAAGGCCCGGGAGGAGCUGGGGACGCUGAAGUGCAUUCUGGGAAGCAUGAAGGAUAAUCAGGUGUGUGUGAUACAAGUUGAGCGUUGGCUGGAUGCAGUCCAGGAGCUGUUGUCGAAUGAUGUCACAGUGUUGGGUGACACAGAAAGGCUGAGUGAAGAGCUCAAUCAGUGCAAGGAGUAUGUGAAUGAGAUAGAGUCAGUGGGAAGUUCAUUGAAGCAGAUGGAAGAGAAUGUAAGUGCUGUACAAGCAGCUGCAGUCCCAGGACUGACCAAGUGGGGGCAGGAGAAGCUGGAGGACUUCAAGACGAGAUGGGACACACUGUGCAAACAGCUGCUGAAACAUCAGGAACACGUGGUAGAGAGACAGGAGAAGCAGGUGAAUCUGAGAAAGGACUUGGCAGAGAUGCAGGAAUGGAUGACGCAAGUGGAUGAGGAGUUUCUCAUGAGGGACUUUGAGUACAAGAGUCCUGAAGAGCUGGAGGCGUCGCUGGAGGAGAUGAAGAGGGCUAAAGAGGACGUACUACAGAAGGAGGUGAAGGUUAAGAUCCUGAAAGACAACAUCAACACGUUGGUCCCCAGAACAACGCCCCCAAGUGGUAGCAGGGGACAGGAACUGACGGUGGAGCUCGAUCAGGUUCUGGCCAACUAUCACAAGCUCUGCGACCGCUUCAAGAGCAAGUGUCACACUCUGGAGGAGGUUUGGUCCUGUUGGAUGGAGCUGCUGCAGUACCUGGAUGUGGAGCAGAAUUGGCUCAACACUGUGCAGGAGAAGGUUCAUGCUAGUGACAAUCUGCCAGAGAGCACAGAGGCUGUCAACGAAGCCCUGGAGUCUUUGGAGAGCGUGCUCCGCCACCCGGGGGACAACCGUACCCAGAUCAGAGAGCUGGGUCAGACUCUGAUCGAUGGAGGCAUACUGGACGACCUCAUCAGUGAAAAACUAGAGGCUUUCAACUCUCGCUACGAACAGCUCAACAACCAGGCUGUGAGCAGACAGAUCAGCCUGGAGCAGCAGCUCCAGACACUGAAGGAGAACGACCAGGCUCUGCAGUCUUUGCACGAGUCUCUGAGCCACCUGGACCACACACUCACCUCCUACCUCACUGACCGCGUCGACGCCUUCCAACUCCCGCAGGAGGCACAGAGCAUCGGGGCAGAGAUCGCAGCCCACGAGGUAACAGUGGAGGAGAUGAGAAGAAGAAAUGUGGCCAAUCUCCCUCCCCCUACCACUGAUGGCAAGGCUGCCCGUGGUGGAACCAUGCUGGAUCACCUUCAGAGGAAACUCAGAGAAAUCUCUACAAAGUACCAGCUGUUCCAGAAGCCUGCUAAUUUUGAGCAGCGCAUGCUGGACUGUAAGAAGAUCCUGGAAGGGGCCAAGUCUGAGCUGCACAUCCUGGAUUUGAAGGAUGUGGAACCAGAAAAAAUCCAAGCCCACCUCAGUGGCUGUAUGAAAUUAUACAAAUUGCUGAGCGAAGUCAAACUUGAAGUGGAGACAGUGAUAAAAACAGGUCGACAGAUUGUGCAGAAACAGCAGACAGAAAACCCCAAGGCCAUGGACGAACAGCUGACUGCUCUCAAACUUCUCUACAACGACCUGGGGGCUCAGGUUACGGAGGGGAAACAGGACUUGGAAAAAGCUCUGUCUCUGUCUCAGAAGUUCCAGAAGGAGAGCGGCGCCCUGCAGGAGUGGCUGAGCAAAAAUGAGACCCAGCUCCAGCAGAAGAACGGCUCUGGAGACAUGCCAGCUGACAUUGAUGCCGAGAUCGCCUGGGCCAAUGGUUUGCUGAAGGAGUCGGAGCGUCGUAAGGCAGAGUUGUCCAGUCUGAUGGAGACCAGUGCUGGACUGGAGACCCUGGUGGAGGGCAGUGAGACCCAGCUGGAGGACAAACUCUUUGCUCUCAACGAAUCCUGGGGCCGUGUGCGCACCUGGACUGAGGACUGGCUCAGCGCCGUGCUGAGUCACCAGAACGAGGUGGAAAUCUUUGACGAGAACGUGGCCCACAUCAGCACGUGGCUCUACCAGACCCAGAUCCACCUGGAUGAGGCCGAGCGACUCUCCCUGACUGAGAGGGAAAAUCUGAUUCAGAGCAUGCUGGAGGAGCUGGAGGACAUCACUCUGCGUGUGGACAAUGUGAGGGACCAGGCUAUCAUCCUAAUGACCAGCAGGGGGCCCGCCUGCAGAGAGGUGGUGGAGCCCAAACUGGCCGAGCUCAACUGCAACUUUGAAAAAGUUUCCCAGCACAUUAGAACCGCAAAGAUGAUGACCAGCCUGGAGUCCAAUGCUGCGGAGAUGAAGCAGGUGACACCUCAGAGGCAGCUCAUCCAGGGCCCUGACAUUAGAGUCGAGACUCAGAGUCAGGCUCCACCUGCUGAGACGGUUGUCUCCUCCGAGGUGAAGGACCUGAAGACGGAGGUUCAGGACACCCUCAAAUCUCUGCAGCAGCAACAGGAGCCAGUAAACAUCCUGGAUGACGAUAAGAUGGAUGAAGAGAAAGCCGGUGUGGAAGAGCUGCUGAGAAGAGGUGAAGAGCUGCUGCAGCAGACCUCAGACGAGGCUCAGAGGGAGGAGCUAAGACUCAUGCUGCUGCGGCUGCAGAGCCAGUAUUCUUCUCACAGGGAGUUGAGGGUGUUACGAUCCAGGACUGUGCAGGUCUCUGUGGAGUCCAGUUCUUCUCAACCUGUUACGGACCAAACACGAGAGCUUUCAGAGCAGGAGAUGUCGGCAGCUGACCGCAGCACCGUCCCCUCAGUGAGUCCCUCAGAUUUCCUUUUAGACAUCAACAAGUUACUCCUCGCCAUGGCCGACAGUGAGCUGCUGCUGAACUCCCCUGAGCUCAGCGGGGGUCUCUAUGAAGACUUCUCCAGCCAGGAGGACAUGCUGAAGAAUAUCAAGUCAAACCUGGACCAGCUCGGCGACAAGGUCACCGUCAUCCACGAGCGUCAACCACACGCCGUCUGUGAUGCUUCGCCGGCUGAGGUGCCUCAGAUUGAAGACGCCAUGACGCAGCUUAACGCCGAGUGGGACAGACUCAACCGCAUGUACAACCACCGCAAAGGGGCUUUCGACCGUGCCAUCGAGGAGUGGGGGCAGUUCCACUGUGAGAUGAACGACUUGAGUCAGUGGCUGAGUGACACUGAGACGCUGCUGUCUGACAGUGUGGGCCCUGAUGGGCAGCUGAACCUGGAGUCUGCCCGACAACACCAGCAGGAGCUGGAGGAAGGUCUGGCCAGUCACCAACCUGACCUGGCUGUGUUAACCCACACUGGGGAGCAGAUAAUAGGGCAGCUGUCAUCUCUUGAUGGACCACUGCUGGAGGAGAAGCUAAACAACCUUAGUCAGCGUUGGAGAGCUGUCAGCCGUCAAGUUCUGGACAGACAGCGCCGCCUCGCUGGUGACGACCCGGCCCUGACAGACCUGGUGACGCGCCGAGCGGCUGGGUGGCUGGAACAGGCGGAAAAUGCUGUCAGGUCUCUACCUGUCACAGCCACCGACCACAACCUCAAAGAGCUGAAGGCACUGGCUGAGGAGAUGGAUGCACAGAACGGUCGUCUCGGUUGGUUGAACAAGCACGCGCCACAGAUCCUGUCCAGCCCCGUUGUGAGUCCUCAGAGCAGAGAGCAACAUGUUGGCAAACUGAGAGCCAUCAACAUGAGCUGGAGCAAAGUGACCAACGAGCUGCUGGAUAAGGUCGGAGAGGUCGAGGCCAACCUCCAGGGUCACGCACAGUUCCAGGACAGGAUGGAGCGACUCUCCGACUGGGUCGUCAUCACACACCAGACCAUCAUAACCAGAGGCCUCAAUCCAGGACAAGCACAGGCUCUGGAGGUCUCCAUGAAGGACAGGAAGAAGGACCUGGAGGAACUGUUGGCCCAUUCCAUCGAGCUGCAGAGACGACACCAGCUGUUGCCACAAGAAAAGACUAAAGUAGAACAGUUGGCAGCCGACUGGAAAGCUCUUGAUGGUCAAAUGAGGGAAACGCUUCAGGCACAAAUCUCUCCGUGGACCCAACGGGAACAUCUGGUCCAGCACCAGCAACUUGUGUCUGCAGUACCGUCGGCCGUACAGAUGGCCAGUCUGGUCAGUGAGGACCCACACCACCAGACUCCACACUCACCAGACUCUGUGGCUCCCACUGAUCUCAAUGAAACAGCAACAGAGCUGGCCAACUGGCUCCUUCUCAUCACACAGAUGCUCAAGUCUAAUAUCGUCACCGUGGGGGAUGUCGAGGAGAUCAGGACCACCAUGGGGCGUCUGCAGGUGACAAAGAGUGACUUGGAACAGCGCCACCCUCAGCUGGAGGACAUUUUUACGCUGGCGCAGAACAUCAAAAAUAAGACUUCUAAUCUGGACGUUCGCACAUCCAUUACUGAAAAAUUGGAGAAGGUGCGGAGCCAAUGGGACAACACCCAGCACGGUGUGGAGGCACGGCUCCAUCAGCUGGACCACAUGGUCGUCCACAGUAACCAAUGGGAGGAGAAGAGGAAGGAAGUGACUGCUCUCAUUGGUCACAACGACGGACGCUUUCACAACCUGCUGCAGCAGAACAGAGAUCCUCUGACCAAACAGCUCACUGAUAACAAGUCAUUUCUCCAAGACCUGGGCCGAGGCCAAGCCGCUGUGGCAGCUUUCAAUGAGCUGUCCAAUCAUCUGCUGCGGGAAUAUUCCACUGAUGACACCAGGAGAAUCAAGGAGGUCACGGAAAAACACAACGCCGCCUGGAAUACCAUCAACAAUAGGGCGAGUGACCGUUACGCUCAGCUGGACAAUGAAAUGAAGGGUCUUCAGAUGUCUCUCAGGGAGCUGGAGUCCUUCCUGAAAUGGCUCCAGGAGGCGGAGACGACGGUCAACGUUCUGGCCGAUGCGUCCCAGAGAGAAGACCUGUCAAAGGACUCCGCCCACGGGAAGGAGCUGAAGAGGCAACUGGAGGACAUUCAGGCAGAGAUCGAUGCCCACAAUGACAUCUACAAGAGUGUGGAUGGGAACAAGUCCAAGAUGGUCAAGGCUCUGGGCAGCUCAGAGGAAGCUGUGUUUCUGCAGCAGAGACUGGACGACAUGAACCAACGCUGGAGUGACCUGAAGGCCAAGUCGGCAAACAUUCGAGCCCACCUGGAGGCGAGCGCCGAGCGCUGGUCUCGACUGCUGGGCCUCCUGGAGGAGCUGUGGAGGUGGAUCUGCAUGAAGGAUGAAGACCUGGCCAAGCAGAUGCCCAUUGGUGGAGAUGUUCCCACGUUGCUGCAGCAGCAGAACCACUGCACGGCUCUUCAGUCAGAGCUGAAGGAACGUGAACACUUGGUUGUCAGCACUCUGGACCAGGCCCGACUGUUCCUGGCCGACCAGCCCAUCGAAGGUCCUGGAGAACCACGCAGGAACCUGCAGCCAAAGACCGACCUCACUCCAGAGGAGAAGGCUCGGUGCUUGGCCCGCGCCAUCCGCAAGCAGACAGGCGACGUAAUGGAGCGUUGGGAGCGUCUAAAAGGACACGUGGGGGGCUGGAACAAUCAGGUGGAGCGUGCCCUGGAGCGACUCCAGGAGCUGCAGAGCUCCAUGGACCAGCUGGACCUGCGCUUGACUCAGGCCGAGGAGGCCAAAGCUACGUGGCAGCCUGUGGGGGAUCUGCUGAUCGACUCCCUGCAGGACCACAUCGAUAAAACCACGGCCUUCAGAGACGAGGUGGCCCUGCUGCGUCCGGAUGUGAGACUUGUCAAUGAGCUCUCUGCGGAGCUGACGCCACUGGACAUCCAGCUGUCGUCCACCGCCUCCAGGCAACUGGACCAGCUCAACAUGAGAUGGAAACUACUGCAGGUGGCGGUCGACGACCGUCUGAAGCUCCUCCAGGAGGCCCACAGAGACUUCGGCCCCUCCUCCCAGCAUUUCCUCUCCACUUCUGUCCAACUCCCCUGGCAACGAGCCGUUUCCCAGAACAAGGUUCCCUAUUAUAUCAAUCACCAGACCCAGACGACCUGCUGGGACCAUCCAAAGAUGACAGAACUUUACCAGUCACUAGGCGACCUCAACAACGUGAGAUUCUCGGCGUACAGAACGGCCAUGAAGAUCCGCCGACUACAGAAGGCCUUGUGUCUGGACCUGUUGGACCUCCACGUGGCACAGAACACUUUUGAGCAGCACAAACUGACCAACAACCAACAGCUGCUGUCCGUUUCUGACGUCAUCAACUGCCUGACGUCCAUCUACGACGGCCUGGAGCAGGAGCACAAGGACCUGGUCAACGUCCCGCUGUGUGUCGACAUGUCUCUCAACUGGCUGCUCAACGUUUACGACACCGGCCGCAGUGGGAAGAUCCGUGUCCUGUCCAUGAAGAUCGGACUACUGUCCCUCUCUAAGGGACACCUGGAGGAGAAAUACAAAUAUCUUUUCAGCCAGGUGGCUUCAUCGGGCGACACCUGUGACCAGCGGCAGCUCGGACUGCUGCUCCACGAGGCCAUUCAGAUUCCCAGGCAGCUUUAAAUAGUUACGGUGUCUGGUGAGUGGCUUCCAACUUUUUGUCCCAUUUCUGUUUAUGAUCAGGUGACCAAUAAAGUGGAGCUGGAGCCGCGGCAAUUUGUGGAUUGGAUGCGUCUGGAGCCUCAGUCCAUGGUUUGGCUCCCGGUGCUGCACCGCGUGGCUGCUGCGGAGACGGCCAAACAUCAGGCCAAGUGCAACAUCUGCAAGGAGUGUCCCAUAGUUGGCUUCAGGUAUCGAAGUCUGAAGCAUUUCAACUACGACAUUUGUCAGAGCUGCUUCUUCUCCGGGCGCACCGCCAAGGGCCACAAGCUCAACUACCCUAUGGUGGAGUACUGCACACCGACCACAUCAGGGGAGGACAUGCGUGACUUCACCAAAGUCCUGAAAAAUAAAUUCCGAUCGAAGAAGUACUUUGCCAAACACCCACGUCUGGGUUACCUGCCGGUGCAGACCGUGUUGGAGGGAGACAACAUGGAGACCCCUGUGACACUCAUCAGCAUGUGUCCGGAGCAGUAUGAGCUGUCCCAGUCACCUCAGUUCUCUCAUGAUGACACCCAUUCCAGGAUAGAACAGUACGCCAGCAGAUUGGCCCAGAUGGAGCGCUCCAAUGGUUCUCUGCCCACAGACAGCAGCUCAGCUACAGGAAGCAUGUAAGUUAUCCAUUUUUACACACGGUAAUCCAACCAAAACAACAACAACAUCCACACGUGCCUGUUUUGGACAGCGCCAUCUUCUGCUGACACAGGAAACGUGUUUACACUGACAAACACCUGCACUGGUCCCAGUCAGACUCCAGUCCAGAUUAGAACCACUCUCUGCAGACGGUUAACAGCUGUUUGCCUUCCCUGUGCAGCUGUGCACUUUUUUUUUCAAAAACUCUAGGGAUUCUUAAAAUACCAACAGACAUUUAGUUGUUUACACAGAAUUCUAUAUUCAUUGGUUUUCUCUCACUUUUCUUCCUCUUCUUCUAAAUCAAAAGUUCAUCUGUUUACUGAUGAUGUGGUCAUUUCUGUAGUUCUUCCUUCAAGUUUCCGACCAUUUUGUUUUUGUUGUGUUCAUUUUAUAAUUUGGAUUAUCAUAAACAUUAUAAUUUAUUUUGGUGUAAAGAGCUUAAUCUUGGUUGGUGUCACUGUUGUUGCGCCCCCUAUUGGUGCACCCGCUUUCACUUUAUUAUUUUGAGAAAUAAGUGGGAUCAAACUCGUAGCCAUCUAGUGGCGGAUGAGGGUCCUGCCCCUGUACAACUUUCUGCCCUUGUGGAUACCAGUCUAUGGGAUUUUCUAAAUUCCUCAACCAGAAAAGUAGAACUCUGGGCUCCAGAUGUACAGAGUGAAAAGGGAGAGACAGUGGGAUGUGGUGUGAUUCAACAGCAAGGGUGAAAGAGUGAAUGGGUUGAAGUGCCAACAAUGAGCAGAGAGAGUGAUUGGGUUCAGGAUAAUACCUACUUAUCUUUGAUGACAGGAGAUGUGAACAUGGCAGAGUUGUUAAAAAGGAGGAAAUCAGCGUGUGAAGGGCUGACGACGAGCGUCAGGUUCAGGAGUGAUAACCUGCUGUGUGUGUGUGUGUGUGCGUGAAGGCAUGUGCACGUCUCACAGGUCAUUCAAGUCGACGGGUGCAUUAGUUCUUUUUCCCAGCCUCAGAUCCUAAUCUCAGGAAUGAGCUGUUUUUGGUCUGAAUCCCUCUGAGAGCGUGGGGAGAAGAACAUGUGCACAGACAGAAACAGGUCGGCUCCCUGUCUCCUGGAAAUGAUGCAAACCAAAUAUGUAGACAAUUCUGGUUGGAUCAGUGGAUCAGUGUCAGGUUGUCUUUGACCAGCCCCUAAUCUGCAUGCUGAUGUGUCUCUGGAAAAGACUCUCAACCUCAAGUUGACAGUUACAUCCAGCUAAGCAGCGGCCACAGUCAGCUUGAGUGCUGGAUCCUCAUUUUUGGAGCAUUUUGUGUAAAAAAAAAAGAAAAGAAAAAAAAAGAAAGUGAUGCGGUGUAGAAUCAGUGUCCAACAUUUCAUGCAGAUUAUCCGUCCCUAAAGAAGAGUCCAGCUGAAUGACAGUAAAAUGUCCCAGAUUUGAAGAGUGUGCGUAAAAUGUCAACCUGGGAUUUGGGAUGAAAGGAUUUACCGCCCACCAGUGGAAAGGUCAAUCAUUUUAGUUCAUUUAAACCAAAUCCUCCGUCUUUAGAGCAAAAAUCUUUCUAAUAUGCAUUAAUGCAUGAUUUCUUCUCAGAAACAGAGGUUUUCAGAUGGGUUUUUUUUUUUUUUUGCUUACUCAAAGACAACAAAAUCUGAAGAGAAGUUUUUUUCAAUCUCAAAACAUUCUCAUCACUUUAUCCCCACUUCUCCUCCUCCUCCUCACACUUUUGUGCUCUGUACUGGGUCUUUGUUACGAAGCAAUUAUUUUGUCCAACACUAUCGCUCUCGCACAGGAGUGUGUGUGUGUGUGUGGAGCGCUAAUGUACUGAUGAAGACGAUGAUGUGAGGAAGGCUAAUGUGUUUAGCAGCAGAGAGUGAAAAAAACAGGAUAAAACUCUGCCUUUUCUGUUGUGAAUGUCAUUACUUUACUUUAGCAGCAUUAGCAUCAAUGUGGGCAGGAGGAUGAAAAAACAACACAGCUAUUAUCUAAACAACAGAAGUGACUCACAGCUCUGUCAUGAAAAAAAGAUACUUUAUGUUGACAUUUUUCACCGUUCAGCACCAGGAUUUUUUAGAUUAGCCCAGAAACAACUGAAGGUGAGCGGACAACAUCCAACAACUGAGAUAAACAAGACUGAUAGAUAUUAAAUAUAACAA